AUGCGGUGUAAAUUUGAGGAGCAUUAUGUAAAAUCUGGACGAGGAGGGCGCAAACUCGACGACGUGCGCGACAAAUACCAAAAAGCGUGCAGAAAGUUGCACUUGACGCACAACGAAUACGUUCUGCUGCUCUGCGAGGCGGUGGAAUUCGAAAAGGACUUCAGGACCGUUCUGCUUCCAGGACUGUUGGAACAUCAGCAGCUGCUGCAAGAAGCGUACAUUGCCACAUGGAAACAGAUUUUCCAAGAAAUUACCAGUAAUUCGGAUUUGACCUCUGAGAAAUUCAGAGAGAUACAGAAAAGGAUAGAGACCAGUCUCGAAAAUAUCAAACCCUGUGACGAAUACAAUGAUUUCACUGAUAAACACAAAACAACACCAACGGAACCAGUGAAAUUCACCUUCGACGAGAGCCUGGUGGAAGAUUCCGCCGGAAAACUGCUGCCCGACCAGCUGACCGUCGACAACCUGACGGUGGAGUGGCUGCGGACCAAGCUGAACGACCUGGAGGCCGGCAUCAAGGAGAACCAGGAGAAGCGGACGGCGAUCAGGGGGAGCCAGGAGGGACUGGCGAACGGGAAGAGUUCGCCGAACCAAGAACUGAACAACAGACUAUCGACUGCAAGUGUAGAUAUCUCGCGGAAAGAAAUAAACGAACUGAAAUGCCAGGAGAGGAAGAUGCUCAAGCAGACUGAGCUGAUCAGGAGUGCCUUGAACGAACUGGGUUGCGAAGAAGCUCCGACGGCUUGUGACCUGUCCAUCGACAACCAAACCUUCAUAACCAACUCUUCCGAACAGGGCGACGCCGCGCCCUCUGCCGUCUCCAAAGCGGGCUUCUUCGAGCCGCACAGGAUGUUCGGUCUGCUGCGUAAGCCCUUCCGCCGGAAGUCAGCGCCCUCGUCGCCCGUCGCCCCGCCGCGCUCCAGGGGCGGGGCGGGCAGGCGGGAGUCGGGGGCGGCCAGCGAGGGGGGCGAUCCCGUAGCUCUCACUACGAAUAAGGCACUAGUAGACGAAGAAUGGUUCCACGGUGUUCUACCGAGAGAAGAAGUCGUGAGGUUGCUGACUUCAGACGGAGACUUCUUGGUUAGAGAGACCACAAGGAACGACGAGUGUCAAACAGUGCUCUCAGUCUGUUGGGGAGGACACAAGCAUUUCAUAGUACAAACAACAAAUGAGGGUCACUUUAGAUUCGAAGGCCCAGCAUUUCCUAGUAUACAAGAACUAAUCCUGUACCAGUAUAACAGCGGUUCACCAGUGACGGGUCGAUCUGGCGCCAUCUUGCAUAAACCUAUUCCUCGUGAAAGGUGGGAACUCAACAACGAUGACGUCAUCCUCAACGACAAAAUCGGAAGGGGUAAUUUUGGGGAUGUAUACAGAGCGCAACUGAAAAACAGCAACGAUAUGGUGGCCGUCAAAACUUGUAGGGUGACUCUACCAGAAGACCACAAGAAGAAAUUCCUUCAAGAGGGUAGGAUAUUGAAGCAGUACGAUCAUCCGAACAUCGUGAAGUUGAUUGGCAUUUGUGUACAGAAGCAGCCAAUCAUGAUUGUGAUGGAAUUAGUACCGGGUGGUUCUCUACUGACAUUCUUGAGGAAAAAAUCGUCCAACCUCACGGAAGCUCAACUGAUGAAAAUGUGUCUGGAUGCGGCAGCCGGUAUGAGGUAUUUGGAGUCGAAGAACUGCAUUCACAGAGAUUUGGCAGCUCGUAACUGUCUAGUAGGUUACAACAACGUGGUGAAGAUCUCCGACUUCGGCAUGUCGCGCGAAGAGGAAGAGUACAUCGUGUCUGACGGCAUGAAGCAGAUCCCGAUAAAGUGGACGGCCCCCGAGGCGCUCAACUUUGGCAAGUACACGUCGUUGUGCGACGUCUGGAGUUACGGCGUUUUAGCGUGGGAGGUGUUCGCCAGAGGGGGCACGCCCUACAGCGGCAUGAGCAACUCGAAGGCCAGGGAGAAAAUCGACACCGGUUACAGGAUGCCAGCACCUGAAAACACACCCGACGAAAUGUACAGACUCAUGCUACGAUGCUGGGAGUACAAACCAGAGAGCAGGCCAAAUUUCGAACAAAUCUAUAGUGUUGUUGAAACCCUCUGUGCAGCUUAUAGGGUUUCGUUUUGUUAG